AUGAGCACGAGAUUGAAGGCUUUAAACGCAUACAGGCAUGGCUUGAGAGCUACUCGUGUAGCUUUCCAGAAUGACACUGAAGUAUUGAUAGCCGCGAGAGCAAAAAUGCGUUCAGGCAUGUUAUGCCCUCCAAAUCCUAAGCUAAACACGGAAGAACAGAUCCAACAUCUUGAAGACGUGGCUGUUUUCUUAAGAAGAAACUUGGUUCAAGGUAAAAAAGUUGACGGCACAAAUACAAAGGAGCCUAGGUAUCAUUUAAACAUUCACAAAGACACCGAAUUGGGCGAUAAUGAAACUGUUGCAGAUCCUACAGUGAAAGUGAAAACAAAAUUAAGGGCAAGACCAUUUAAAUGCUCUGAUAAAAGGUAA